UUAAAAAUGUAAACAAAACAGCAUGGUCGAACAGUGUUUUGGACAGUUUCUAUUAUUUUCUUAAUUCUUAUUGAAAUCAGUCACAUAGAUCUUCGAAAAUCCUAAAAAUGGGUAAAGAAACGAAACGCUAUUUCGAUGCCGGCGCCGGCGAGGAUGGAAAAACAAAAAUUAAAAAGGAACGAAACAAAUUUGGACGGGAAGAAGAUGUGGCAAAAAUCAAAAAAGAAAUCAAGGACUGCAAAACGGACAUCGAUGGAUUGGACAUGAAAGUAAUCCGGGUCAACGAUAAGAAAACCCAUCAUGAUUACUGGGGCAUCAAGAAAAGUAAAAACAGGAAGAAACUUCUAGAAGUUCCCGUUGAUCCCGAUGCACUCCAGAGACAUUCCAGGGGAAAGGGUCUCAGCUUAUCCGGUGUUAAAUCGGAGUUUCAAAAAAUUCGACAGAAACGUAAUGAGAUCAAUAUUGAGUUUGCUGCUGAACAGGCCGCUAGGGCCGAGGUUUUGCUGAACGAGGAAGAGGGUUAUUUGGAAGUCGAUGAUGAUGAGGAAACUAUGGAAGUUAGUCAAGCAGAAAUUGUCGACAAUGUGGACAUUACAACGGCCGCAAAACAUUUUAACUUACAGUUAGAUUUCGGUCCUUAUAGAAUGAGAUAUACUCGAAACGGAGCAAACUUGCUUUUAGGCGGAAAGAAGGGUCAUGUGGCUGCUUUCAAUUGGGUUAAGAAAUCUUUGCUCUGUGAAAUGAAUGUAAUGGAAUCGGUGCACGAUGUGACCUGGCUUAUGAAUCAGACUAUGUUUGCUGUAGCACAGAAAAAUUGGGUGCACGUGUACGAUGGCAAAGGUACAGAACUACACUGCAUCAAGGCUAUGAACAGAGUUAGCAGGAUGGAAUAUCUUCCGUACCAUUUCCUGCUGAACACUGCCAAUGAAGAUGGUUUCUUGACGUGGAUGGACGUUUCCAUUGGUCAAAAGGUUGCGAACUACAAUGCACGGAUGGGUAAAAUCAGUAUGAUGUGUCAAAAUCCUUGGAAUGCAACGACCUGUAUUGGGAAUGCUAAAGGAGUAGUCUCAAUGUGGUCUCCCACACUUCGAGAACCCUUGGCCAAGAUGCUUUGCCAUUCGAUGCCACUCACUGCUAUCGCAGUCGAUCCAACUGGUACCAAUUUAGCAACGGCCGGUCUUGAUCGUACCAUCAAAAUCUGGGACAUACGACGAUUAGAGGGACCUACUGCUACAUACAAUCUACAAACCGCUGCCUCUGGAAUAGAUCUAUCUCAAAAAGGUCUCAUGGCGAUCUCCAUGGGCAAUAUUUGUGAAGUUUACAAAAAACCGUCUCUCAUUCAGAAGAACGUUAAACCAUACCUAAGGCAAAGAGCCCCUUCAACGAUUUCCAACUUCCGAUUCUGUCCUUAUGAGGACAUCCUAGGAAUAGCGACAGCCUCCGGUUUCACCUCAAUGAUCGUUCCUGGUUCCGGUGAGCCCAACUUCGACACCCUGGAAGCUAAUCCAUUCCAAACCCUGUCGCAACGUCGCGAAGAAGAAGUCCACCAGCUGUUGGAGAAAAUACCAUACGAGUUCAUCACCCUCAAUCCGGCCCAGAUCGGCGAAGUGGAUGUCCCAACGAUGAAAACACGCAUGGAAGCAAAGGUCAAACUGCUGACCAUGAAACCACCGAAAAUCAACUUUGAACCACGCACCAAAAAUCGGAUGUCCAAGGCUAAACGCAUCAAGAACAAACAAAUCGUCAAGGACACGAUGCGAAAGGAGGCGAUCAAAAGUAUCCAGGAGGCAAAGGAAUCGCUCAAGCGUCAGGAGGAGCAACAGGAAUCGCCUGACUUCAUACCGUUGGAAUCGAACAGCGUGCUGGAUCGGUUCCGGGAGAAGAAAAAAGGCAAAAAAUAAUGUAUCAUAAAAGUUUCUGAAAAAUAUAUUAACUUUUUUCCAAAA